GCCCUCAAGAUGAUAUUUCCUUUUCUCUCAUGAUCAUUCUAUCCAAAACAUCUUCAAUCUUCCCUCUAUGGAGUUGGGAUUCAGAGUCGGCUUUCUCUUUUUUGUUCUUGUCUUUCCAUUAUGUAUCAACAGCAGCGAUGCCCAUCAAGACUACAGUCAGUUCCUCCUCGCCAAUGGUGUUGCUCGAACUCCUCCAAUGGGUCGGAAUAGCUGGAAUCGCUUUCAAUGUAAUAUACGUGAGAGGAUUGUAAGGAUACUGAUGACUGUUAGGCGGAAGAGCAUAGAGACUGGAAGGGGUGACCUAAGGGCAAGUUCUACUUCCUUUCCUUCUGGUAUUAAGGCUCGUGCAGAUUGUGCUCAUGCAAGAGGUCUGAAACUUGGGAUAUACUCUGAUGCUGUAUAAGUUUUUGUCUAAUGAAGUGAAGCCCUCAAUCAAUUCUUCUCGUUAACAAUUGUAUACAUAUACAAUAGUAUACUGGGCCGAGGCUAUAAAUAAGAAAUGGGCCAUAUACAUGGGCCAUAUACAAAAGUGAUUCAAAACAAUACAUUCUAUCAUCCCCCCUCAAUUUGUGGGGGACUAGUGGGAACGCAUAAAUUGCUUCGAAGGAAAUGAAACUGUUGUUCUUGG